UGCGUUCUCGGAACGCCGCCUUGACUCUGUAGUUCCCGCCCAUCUGCUCAGUCUCAGCCUCUGCGACAAUGAGGCUCAAAGAGAGCUCCGCUCAUAUUUGAACUCCUGCAAACAGCCAGAAACUUACCAGCGACACAACAACGGGCUGAAAUACAGAGGCAGAUCAGAGGAGCAUGGGUUGUCACAACAGCAAAGUUUGUGGCCAGGUCUCCCGGAAGAAGAAAAAAAAUGAAGCACAAGGAGCUGAGAAGCACAUAAAGGACAUCAAACUUCAAGAUGGAAGUGGUACACACUCAUCUGUGGAGAAUCUGUUGGAGACUUAUGAGUGUCAGCUAAAGCUACUAAAUGCAGUUUUGACGGCUUCAGGAGACCAGGAGAGAGACCAGCUCCUCAAGGACCAUCCUGGAGACAUCUGCACUUUAGUCCACAGUAUUAUAGAGAAGGUAAAGACUGAGAUAACCACUGAUCUAAAUGAUCUUCAUGAAAAACAGACGAGGAGCACCUUAGAGCAGCAUCAGAGCGCAACAGAAGAGCUACAGCGAUUACACAGUGAAGAGAAGAAUGUUUUAAAUGAGUCUCAUGCAGCAGCUGAGAAUGCACUGAAGGAUCAGAUUGAAGGGCUGACGUCAGAGCUGAAGCUGUUCAACGAGUUAAAGCGCAGAGCGCAGGAGUCCACGCUCAAGAGAGACCUUCAGAGAAACAUUGAGACUCAUGGAAGCCCUGGUGCAUUCUGGGAGCAGGAGCAGGAGAGUCUGUUAUUUGUCAUCGAAAUGAAGCGUGAGCGUUUACAGGACCAGGGGAACAAGCUGCUGCAGAUGGAAACACUGGUGGAGAGGAAUCUGUCGCUGGAGGAUCAGCUCCUGCAGGCGCUCCAGCAGAGCGAGGACUACAGAGUGAGGAUGGACAACUACCAAAGCCUCAUACAACAACUGUCUAAGGAGCAGAACGAGCUGCAGGAGGCGCUAGAGAAGCAGGCUCUGCAGAACCAGAAGCUCAGCCAGGAGAAAGAAGAGCUACUCUUUAAACUCAUACACCGUAGAGACUCAUGCUCCUCCUUCCACCUUCCUUCUGUCAUCCCCAGCUGACCGCAGCAUCACUGUAUCCUCACCCCACCUGGCCUCGGUGCCUUCAUAGUGAUUUUUUUUUUUAAUGCCAGGUUAUAAUGGAGAGUGCUGUGAGCAUGCAGUGCUGAUAUGGACUUACUCACUGCAUUUAUCAUCUUAACUGGCAAAACAAAUAUUUUUGUACAUUUUUGUUUGAAGAGACGUUUCUUAUCAGUUUUUGGUUGCUUUUGAAAAUAGUUGUGGAUCUAUGCAGUUAACUCAUGUUAAGUCUUUUUGUUGUUGAACAAGGUGUAGUAGCAGUUCUUCCCAUUUUUGAUAUCGGUUUUAUUAUUAUUUUUAUUUCUUUCCAGGAAACAGCAGGUAUUGUUAGCAAAUAUUUUUGCCUUAAGGCAUUAUUGGAGCCAGAGCACUUGGACGUGUACAUGAAUAUCUGGGAUCAGAUGCACUUGCACUUUUAUCAGUGUUUUAUUUGUUGGAGAGAUACUGGGCUUAUGGUGAUUACCAGUAUGCUUUCAUUCUACACUUUGCACACAGUAUUUCUUUUUUUUUUUUUUUUAAUCCUUCUGCUUUUCAGUGGUAGGUAAAGUACCGGGGUCCUAUUGGAUAAAAUCUAGUCAUUUUAAGAAGAAGAUUUGAAGAAGAGUCUAGUCUAGCCAUCUUCUGUUUUGUCACCCGGGCAAACCCAAGCUUUGAAAGAAUAAUCGUAAAAUUCGGAACACUCCCAGUAUGCUCUUUAAAGUUAUUAAAUAAUUCAAAAGAAAAGUUCGCACCAAAAUGAAGAGAAAAGUGGAGAAAUUAUCAUUGCAUCACUUGCUCACCAAAGGAUCCUCUGCAGUGAAUGGGUGCUGCAGAUUAAGAGUCCAAACAGAUGAUAAAAACAUCGCAAUAAUCCACACCCCUCAAGUCCAUCAGUUAACGUCUUGUGAAAUGAAAAUCUGUGCUUAAAAUAAACAAAAAUCAAUCGUUAAGGCAUGUUAGCUUUUAAUUUGCAAGAAACAUUAUUAUGCAUUAUCAACUUUUAUUUUGGCUGAAAGCAACAGUUUAUUAUUGUGAUGUUUUUAUCAGCUGUUUGGCCUCUCAUUCUGACGGCACCCAUUCACUGCAGAGCAUUCAUUGGUCACCAAGUGGCCGGAGUACAUUUGGGUUUCAUUUUCUUCUAAUUGCAUUGAUUUUUUUUUUUUUUUUAAAGCAUGCGUGUUAAACAGGUUGCCUUUGUGCCCAUUUUUUUUUUUUUUUAUCUCCCCCUUUUUGUAAGAUAUUGUGAAUUAUUGUAAAUGUUCUGCCAUGUAUAUGUUUACUUCUGCAUCAGUGCCUUUGGUUUAAGUUGUUUCCUGGAAAAAUCAAGCAAUAAAAGCUACAUCAGAGGGACUGUA